AGUAACGACUCUGUAAACACGAUACAUGAUAUAGUUCAUCUUUUUUUUUAAGUUCAAUUUGGAAUUGACUUGAUAACAGGUACACAGUAGGUUGAGCUACGUGCUGCAACAACAGAUAGCCAUCAUUAACCUCGUCUGUACAAGGCAAACAAUUCUCAACUGGUAAUGCCAGUGAAUCAAACGAAACAGGACAACACGAUUCACAAUGUCUUUCAGAGAUUUAAGAAAUUUUACAGAAAUGAUGAGAGCUUUGGGCUAUACUCGCCUGAUUUCGAUGGAGAAUUUCCGAACACCUAACUUCAAUCUAGUGGCAGAAAUCAUGUUAUGGCUCGUUAAAAGAUAUGAGCCGCAGAUGGAUAUUCCUCCAGAUGUGGACACAGAAUCAGAAAGAGUAUUCUUCAUAAAGGCUGUGGCUCAGUUCAUGGCAACCAAAGCACACAUCAAGCUUAACACCAAGCGCCUCUACCAGGCUGACGGCUAUGCAGUGAAAGAAAUGUUAAAGAUUACGUCUGUGCUAUACAGUGCAAUGAAGACCAAGCAGAUGGGCCUGGAGGACAUAGUGGAGGAGGACAGCAGCACCUUUAAGGUUGACAUUGGAUCACGGAUUUCUGACCUCAAAGAAGCUCGGCAGCUUGCGUCGGAGGUCACAUCUAUAGGAGUGUCUCUCUAUGAUUUACUAGGGAAGGAGGUGGAACUUAGGGAAAAAAGAACUGCGGCCAUUGCAAGACCUUUGGAGAUCGACGUGACUGAAAAGGCCUUGAGAGCAGCCAUUGGAGAGGCUUUAGAAAUGGUGGAGAAAACCAAAGAAAUGCUGAAUAGCAUUGUUUCUGAUGAGGCCAGUCUAGAUGCCAAAAUAGAUAAAAGGAAACAGGACCUGGAGAGAAGUCGGAAGAGACUUCAGACACUGCAAAGUGUGCGACCAGCGUUCAUGGAUGAAUACGAGAAGAUUGAAGAAGACCUGCAGAAACAGUAUGAGAUUUACGUGGCAAAGUUCAAAAACCUUUGUUUCCUCGAGUCUCAGCUAGAAGAUUACCAUCAGAUGGAGCAAGAGCGGUUUGAGGAUGCAGAAAACACUCUGAGGAUGAUGCAGCAAAAUCUGAAGGAGGAGGACAGAGAUUUCAUGAGAAGCUCAUUGAAAGACUUGGACUCCGAGGAGGAUGGUCUUGAAGAUGAAGGUGACAUGGACAGUGAGUUGGAAGAGUCACGGCCUUCUAAUCCAAGACCCACUCGAAAUGGCUUGAUGGCUGGAAAACAGACUAGCGAUUUGUUCAGAAGAGGGACAAGAUUUAUUGGGAAUAUGCAAGGUGGAGACAGUGAUGAGUCAGAAGGCAGUGAGAUAGAGGUGGAUGAAGAUGAUGAUGAAGACGAAGGUGAGGAUGAGAGCAAAGAAUUAGACGACGACAGUUUGGAGGACCGUGUGUCUCGGGCAACUCAUACCUCCAGGGGACGCAGGAGACCACCUCUAUUCGACGAGAGCGACAAUGACUUUUGAAUGACUAAUCCAUUACUUAAAUAUUGAUGUACUGUGUCAUGUUGUCUUUUUUAGAUAUUUUGGUUUUUCAUUGUGACUGAAAAGAAGUGGUUCCGCUACAUUUCAGCUCCCUCCCUUCCCAAGGUUUAUUUAUUGACAAAUAUUUGCUUAACACAAUAUAUGAUGUUUUAUUGACUUUUAACAUAUUAAGUUAUCAUAACAGCCAAUGUAUUAAAAUUUUUUUUCAAUAAAAUGUCAAUUUGUCCUUUUAUACUACGUUUGACGCUGGUGUAACAAAAACAAAUUUGAUACUUUGAUCCAUUUUGUCUUCCAUCCAGGCUGUAAAAAAGGUCCCAAUUAACGUAAGAGUAGUAGGCGAGCUGGGGCAAAUCAGAAGCGACUUGAAUAAUCAGACUGAAAUUCAUGUACCAAAAUCAUGAUUAGAGAUGUCUCCGAUAUGAUCACGUGUCCGGAAAUUGGGCACAGUCACAUUUUCAGAGGAUUGCAGAUAUGUCAUGAUAUGAAGUGUUUAUUUUUACAUACUAACUCAUUUGCUGCCAUUGACGACGAUAGACAUCCAAUCCAACCCGGGGCCAAAUAGGAUUGGAUGUCUAUCGCUGUCAAUAGCAGUAAAUGAGUUAAAGGCAACUAACAACAAAAUAAUCCAGAGGUAUUAGGAUGUUGCAAUAUAUCAGCAAAAAGAGUCAAGAAACUUUUUUUUCCAAUAAAAAAAAAAAAAAGCUGUAUAUUAUAGAGCUGUCCUGAUCCGAUUAUGUAGUCCCUUAGUCUCGCUCCUGUGCUUUUCUUGGUCAGGCAGUUCACUGGAGUUGCUUAAUAAAGUUUAUGAUGAUUGACAUACAGUUAAGGUUUGAUCUUGCCAGAGACUUGUAAGCCAAGACUUCAAAGUACUGCAUGCGUCAACAUCGUUUAACUUGUUAAACAAUUGCUGUGGCAACUCAUUGUAAGUGAGCAGCUUGAGCAGAUUUGAGUGGACUCACUCAAUGAAGCAUUUAAUGAAGACAAGCAUUUAUAUUUUUACCUUUUUUUUAAUGGAUUGGGCGUCUACUUUUUUUCUUUUUUUAAAAAUAAUUCGGUGGGAUAGUAACAUGUUUAAAACUUAUAAUUAUUACAUUUGAAGUGCUUGAAAAUCAUAUAUAUAUAUAUGUGUAUAUAUAUCUUUCCAAAGAUAAAUCUGAAUAAAUACAUUGAACGCACAAAAAAUAAAUAUUGUUGGACUA